GUGUCACAGGGAGCACCACCUCCUCCACCGCCACCGUCAGGAGCAGGAGCAGCCGCCGGGGAGACGGGAGCCGUCGUCUUGUUUAUUCCACGCGAGAGAAACUUUCCUCCACGAUGUCCGGAUUAGACAGCAACCCCUUCGUGGACCCGGUGGACGUGAAUCCCUUCCAGGAUGCGUCAAUCACACAGGCCACCAGCAGAGCCGCCGCCGCCAACGCCGGGGAGUUCAACCCGUUCUCUGCAAGUGAAAUGGAAACGCACACUGGAAAGACCAUCCCCCUGUCCGCUGCCUCCUCUCAGCCGGCCAUCCUGCAGACCUCCGUGGAGCAGAGCGCGCAGGCAAACGCGGCUUCUGGCCAGGCCGACCUGUUGAGGCAGCAGGAGGAGCUGGAGAAGAAGGCCGCCGAGCUGGAGCGGAAGGAGAGGGAGCUCCGGAACAGCAGCAGCAGCAGCAGCGGCGGCGCCGGCAGGACGCCCAACGCUGGAGAGAACAACUGGCCACCUCUUCCCUCGUUCUCCCCCGUGAAGCCCUGCUUCUAUCAGGACUUUGAGGUGGACAUCCCCGAGGAGUACCGCAGGAUCUGCAAGAGAAUGUACUACCUCUGGAUGUUCCACAGCGCCACCCUCUUCCUCAACGUGCUGGCCUGCCUGGCCUACUUCACUGCGAGCGCCGACUACGGCGUUGACUUCGGCCUGUCCAUCCUGUGGUUCGUCCUCUUCACCCCCAUGUCCUUCGUCUGCUGGUACAGGCCCGUCUACAAGGCCUUCAGGUCUGACAGCUCCUUCAGCUUCUUUUUCUUCUUCUUUGUCUUCUUCUUCCAAGUGGCAGUGUACAUCAUCCAGACGGUCGGGAUCCCCAGGUGGGGAAACAGCGGGUGGAUCGCAUCCAUCAGCAUGAUCGGCUCAAACUUGCCCGUGGCCGUGGUCAUGAUGGUGGUGGCCGGAUUCUUCACGGUGAACGCUGUGCUGGCUGUGAUUCUACUCAAGAUGGUCCACUCCAAGUACAGGAGGACCGGUGCCAGCUUCAGCAAGGCCCAGCACGAGUUCUCCCACGGCGUCCUGACCAACCAAACCGUGCAGACGGCUGCGAGCAGCGCCGCGGCCUCCGCUGCCCAGGGAGCCUUCGGCAGGAGCCAGGGGAACUAGACGGCGUCUCAGGCUACAAACCCCUUCAGGGUCAGAGUUUGAUCUGUUUUGUGAAAAAGUCCCCGAAAACAAAAAAAACAAAAAAACAUAACAUUUGGAGAGAAAUUGUCCUCCGCUUUUUCCCCCCCACCUACGGUUUAAACAUGCAGAAGACACGCUAGAGGUCCUGUACCAGCAUGUAAGGGCGUGCGUACAUUAUGUGUUGCUUGUUAUUGAACUCUGAUCAGUGUGCAGCUAGAUUGCAGCCGUCAAAAAUUGAUUCUGGGAAAUUUUCGGAAGGAGACAGAAAACUGGAGUUGAAUCAAACGGGGCGAAGAAGGAGGCGGCGGGUGUGACGGAAGUUAAUUGGCAAGUCACUGGAAUACAUUUAACGUGGUCGACUAAAGAUGCACGGGACACCACUGAACAGGGCUGGAGUUUAGUGAUAAAGUACGUCUAUUUAAAUCCCUUCACUGGAAAAUGCGCGGGAGGGGGAGCACUUGGAUUUUCAUAUCUAACCUACAGGCGCAUCAUAAAUAAACACUGGGAGGAGUUGGGAUUAGUUUAACAGCUCACUUGACAUGAGAAUGUUUCUCCAUCACUGAAUGAUGGAUCCACUUAAUGUAUGAAUAUAUGUUUGUGUCAUUACAGCGGAAUGUAGAGCGGCAGCGUUUAUGUCAUUCCGCCUGAUGAACAACUUUAAACGCAUUCAGUCCACUUUAUACACCACUGUACUGGAUCCGUGAAACGAGACGCAUCCAUCCUGCUGUUUGAGUUCUGCUCUGAUUUAGUGUUUUUUGAUGUGUACAAAACUGUAUAGGAUGAUGAUUAAUGAAGGGGACGGGAUGAAGGGUUUCUUUUCUACUCUUUUCAUCGCUUCACUGAUGAAGUGUGACCAAUGUCCUCUCAGGGCAAAUGAAGACAUUGUUUAAAUGGGAUGGAACAUUUUAAUUCAUCAUGUUGAUUUCUGAAGACUUGUGUUUAUAUAUAUAUCUAUAUAGAUAGAUAUAAAAUCAAUGUGGAGUUUUGCUGCGAAUAAAAUGAAACACAGGGUGCAGGUUUGAUAAUGUUAGGUUACUGACAUAGUAUAGAAUGUAGAUGUAUGUGCAGUACUUAAAAGUGUAUUAACGAGCAUAACGAACACAUUUAUCUGGAUAUUAUCUAUUAAUUAUACUGCAGACCAAUGUCUCCUGUUACUAAAUAGACACAAAUACUUUGUAUUUCUGCGCUGCGUUCUACCUACUUGUUGGGUAUUUACAUUUUUACUUGUGAAUAUACAUCUUAUAAGUUGAAGAAUUCUGA